UACACCCAGAGUGUCUGUACAGCCGGGACUGUCUGUGUGCUGCUCAAACUCUCAUUAGAGAAGGGGGCGUGCAGGACACUGAAAUACACGGCUGCCUCGAAACCAAGCUCGAACAACACUGUUAGUCACGUCAUUUCAAGGCAGUGUGCGCGCGCUUGAAAUCAGAAGGCAAACAUGUCGUCUUGGCAGAGCUACGUGGAUAACCUGAUGUCGGAUGGCAGCUGCCAGGAUUCCGCCAUUGUUGGGUACAACUCAGACUCUAAAUACGUGUGGGCAGCGCACGAGGGGGGAACAUUCACAAACAUCACGCCCACAGAAAUUGACGUCCUUGUAGGAAAAGACAGAGAAGGAUUCUUCACCAACGGCCUGACCUUGGGUUCAAAGAAAUGCUCCGUUAUCCGAGACAGCCUCCUAGUCGACAGUGAUUGGACAAUGGACAUCAGGACGAAGAGUCAAGGAGGAGAGGCCACAUACAACAUUGCAGUUGGUAAAGCAGCCAAAGCGUUGGUUAUAGUCAUGGGCAAGGAAGGUACCCAUGGAGGGCAGCUCAACAAGAAAGCGUAUACCAUGGCUGAAUACCUGCGGAAAUCUGGAUAUUAAGACACCUCCUCACCUAGCAGCUCAUUCCUACCACUGCUUACUGCUCUAGAUGAGAUUUGCUUUAUUCAUUUUUUUUUCUCCGGUAUUUCCUGGUGUUUUACCCUAACCCCUGGUCAAUUUCCUGUUGUACUACCCCAACCCCUACUCAGUCUUUUUUUUUUUUUUUUUGUACCCCAACCCCUACUCCAUUUCUUGUUGUUUGUCCCAACCCUAUUCUGUUUCUUGUUGUUUUGUCCAACCCCUACUCCAUUUACUGUUGUUCUACCCAAACCUCUUCUCAAUUUCUUGUUGGUCUACCUCAACCCCUACUCCAUUUAUUGUUGUUUUGCCCCAACCCCUACCCUAUUUCUUGUUUUACCCCAGUCCCCUACUCUAUUUCCUGUUGUUUUACCAUGACCACACCAUUUCCCCCAUUUCUUUUGUGUGUGUGUGUGUUUUUGUUUUCAGUCCCAUUUUGGCACUAGUUUCACAUCACUAAAUGUGAAACACUAAAUCUUGGUGUAAAGAUGUCUUGUCUCAUUUCUUCCCAUUGAUGAAAACAAAUCUAAGAUUCUCAGCAGUUUAAUAACAAGGGCUUGAGCUAAAAACUCAACCCCCCCCCCCGGAUCAUGUUUGGGAAAGGUCGACCCAUCUUCGAGCCUUAUUCCAUGUAGACCGCAAAUUUGACGUGAAUGAAAAUGGCUGUGAGGGAUUGAAAUAGAGAUCAUUCAAUAUGUCCUACUGUUGAGUACCAUGGUGCAGGUCGUUCAGGAAAUGAAACAUUGAAAAUGUCUUUCCAAACAAGUUCCAGUGGGCAAAAAACUCAUUACCUAGAACCUUAUGACAGUACAACCCAUCGAACUGAUUGUACGUUUCUACCUUGCAGCCUCGUUUUCAUUAGCAUCAUAUAUAGCAUCUACCCUAACUAAGGUCCAUUUCUUUAUUUUUCUCCAACUUCAAACCAACACCACCCUCUAUCCAUUGUCAAAGACACUCCAACACUACUUGUGGACAUCUACAUUUACUCUUACCAAUUGAUGCAUCCCAACACUCUUUCUUAAUCUCUACCCUUGUUUCACAGACAUUCAUGGAAUUAUGCGGUUGGACAGCACUGGGAGCUUGUACUCUCAUGAUGUUUGGCUGUCUGUUGAGCAAUGAUAUUGGGAUGCAAGUAGCAUUUCAUUAGGAGCUCAUUAGUACAUACAAUCCAUGAUACAGUUACCAUUGACAUUCCGUCAUUGCUGUAGCUCAGGCACUUAACUUUAUUUUGCUAGCUUGUGUAAUAUAUUUCUUUUAUUUUUCAAGAUGACUGCCAUUUCUGACAUUGGGUAUUCCAACAUAACUAUUUGGAGAGUAUAGUGUGAAUUAUUUUAUUUUUUUUGGACCAGUUUUUACCAUUGCUUGGGUUAUUUUUAUAGGAUUGCUCUUCUGUCAACUGUAAACUAACAAACAAAACACUAUUGCCUGAACGCAAGCGUGCGAAAAAAGACGAUCUCAUUUUGUGAGGUCUUUCUUUUAACACUUGAAUUUGUAAACCCAUGCUGUCAUGACUGUGGAAUAAAUUGUCUUGUUAAAGUCAUCAAUGCUACAAUUGUGUCAACUUGAUGCAUAGUCAAAUCCAAAUGUUUAAUGUAGGUGUGACACUAAAAUCAUAAAAUGUAUAUCCUGUGCCAUAACCUGUUACUAUUGUAAGGGUUUAAACCUCUUCCCAAAUUCUAUCAGCACUUUGUUCAAGGUGUUUUAGUAUUGAUGCAAGUGUUCUGGCCUUGUGGGAUAUUUGUACAGAUUCAAAACCUCUGACUUUAGUUUAUUUCUUUCCCUGUACUACUUUUUCAUACAUCAUCUUGGAUACAGAUGUCUGAUUUCAUAUGCAUAGGCCUAAACCAAGAAAUGCCAUAAUUUAGUUUCACCACCAUGUUUAUAGACAGAUGAAAUAAAUGUAUUCCAUACCAAA